CGGUGAGUACAUGUGCGUGUGGCUGGGGUUUUGCAACUAUAGCUCUAGGCUUGAUUCUGGUAAGUGUAACCGCUAAGGAUCGUUUGAUGUAUACCAGUCACAGAGAGGGAGAGAGAAGGAUCUGACAAUUCGCAGGCUAUCAAAGCUUUCGUAAAGCAUUUUGUUUCUCUGUCCACGGCGCCGUACAGUGAUGCCGGCAUUCCAAACGUCACAGCAUUCGCGGCGUCUGAUUGGCCGACUCACCAGCAAUUACCUCGGGUGCAGUGAGAGGGCGGGUGUGCCGAUAUUUUGGUUCGCAAAUUGAUUAAUGACAGACAAGCGCCGAGAAAAGUUUGUGGAGUUAACGUAGCGGUGUGUAUCAUAUAUUGCCUAGCUCAAUCGUCGGGCCGAUAUCAUAUCUCACUGCCCCUGCCCUGUCAUCCAGCUACGAUAUGUGUUCCAACAGUCUGAAUUAUUGUUAUCACAGCGAAGCAACUGCAUGACCUACAUGGUGCCUUCUCCAGUUUACUCAGUGCCUUUAAUGUAUACUGUAUUUAAGUCAUUCCACCCGAAGCUAGCCAACAGUGAAGACAUUUUUUCCACUUUGAGGACAUCUUCAUGACGAGUCAUCCGCUUGCUAUCUUCUCUGUUUGAGCUCAUUUUGAUUACUUUUUAAAGCGAUUAUUUUGGAAUUUGGGAUAACUUUCUUUGAUCGAGUCGACUUGCCCCCAUGCAUAUCAUGCAUCACAGCGAGACGGCGAUAAACGACACGCCGUACGACCCGGCUUCCAAGAUGUCCAACAAGACGCUGACAGUGAGCAACAACUCUGCCUUCACCAGACCCCACCACAGUCUCUCUCCCGUCACCACCGCCAUCUCUCCCGGGGCAACUCCAGCCGAGACGCCGCUGCACAAGGCAGACGACAGGCCCAUCAAAGGAAUCAAUUUCCGCGUGGAAUCGUUCUUCCCCAAAUCACCGCCGUCCCCGCUCAGCAGCAAACAGCACCCUACAGACAUGGACUGCAGCCCCGUCGCUCCCGCGACACCACCUCCCGAAAACCCCGCUGCUCGUACGAACUCAUCCUCCGCUCCGUCUUUCGCGAGUCACAGUGUAGAGAACAUUUUAGCCAAAUCAUCGUCAUCGUCAUCCUCGUCGUCAUCGGAGAGCACGGGACGAUGCACGUCGCCGACAACGCAGACGUACACGUGGAACGCCUCUAGUUUUCCUUGGAUGCAGGCGACAAGAUUAAGUCCUUCAUCUGGUAUGUAUUAUUUUGUUCAAGUGAGUUUAAUCGACCCACCUUAG